AUGGGCAGCUUCACUUUCAAGUGGGAGCAUCCCGCCGACGAGGUCUACGUGACCGGCACUUUCGACAAUUGGACUAAGAGCGUGAAGCUCGAGAAGCAAGGCGAUGUCUUCUCCAAGACCGUCGACCUUAAGGAGCCCGAGGGCAAGAUUUACUACAAGUUCAUCGUCGACGGUAACUGGAUCAUCAAUCAAUCAGCACCUAACGAGCCUGAUCUUGAGGGUAACGUGAACAACUUCGUUACUCCCGACCAGCUUACCCACGAAACGCCCGCCGCCGCUAUUCUCAACACCGUGACACCUUCGUCCACAACUGCAGCCAUGGCUAGUGAACAACCUUUGGAGAACAAGUCCGCCGCUCUGGAUGAAAAGUCCGCCCAAGACGAGAAGCUGCCUCUCGAGACCCCCUCUGACAUUCCUGGUGGUUUCCCCGCUACCCCCGCGAACGAACUCGACAAGACCAUUGGCAUCAACCCCCUCCCCGCCUCCGAGGGCCCAGGAAACCCUGUCAAGCUCGCACCUGGCGAGAAGAUCCCUGAGUCUAUUACAGCUCAGAGCACCGAUGCCUAUGUGAAGUAUGACAAGGAGUCUUAUGAGAAGAGUGAUGCCUAUCCUGGCAUUGAGACCGAGCUACCUCCUCCUGUGACUGCCACCACUAUUCCCGAGUCCAGCCUUCCCAUCAUCGGUGCGGAUGUUACCACUAUUAACUCUGCUGCUCCUACUGCCACUACCGCUGGUCUUGCUGCCGAUGUCCCCCUCGAGACUAAUGGCGCUUUCGUUCCCGAGGUCGUGAGGGAAAGCCAGGAGAAGGCCAAUGCCGUUACAGAGGCUAGCACAGAUCCUGCUGAGGUCAAGGAGAAGACUAUGGUUGAGGAAGAGCUCAAGGGCACCGUUCCCGAGGCCCCUGCCACCUCGGUAGGCACAGCUGGUGUUGGUACUGAGAAGUCGGAGAACACCCCCGACACUACCCUCGCCGCCCUGGCCGCCACUGCUGGAGGCGCUGUUAUUGCAGCUGGUCUCGCGGCCAAGGAGACAGUGGAGGAGAAGGCUGUUCCAGCUCUCAACAACGCUGCUGACGCCAUCACUGACACUGCUAACAAGAACCUGCCUGAUUCUGUCAAGGAGCAGCUUCCUGUCGCCGCUCAGGAGACUCUUGCUGCCAAGAACGAGGAGCAGAUUCGGGAGGAAGUUUCUCCUGAGGUUCCUGCUGAAGUCAAGGAGUCCCUGGUCGAGGCUGGAAAGUCUCCUGAAGCUGCUGCCAACACUGCCGCCGUUGAGGACAAGAAGGAGGUCGAGAACGAACUUCUCAGGGAAGUUAAGCCUGUCACCGGCAUCUACGAUUCGGUCGUUGAGCCAGAGAUGCCUAAGGAGGAGCCCAAGCAGGUCUCUCCUGAGGUUCCUACUGAGGUCAAGGACUCCAUCGUUGAGGCUGGCAAGGCCCCCGAGGCUGCUGGUAACACCGAGGCUGUUGAGGACAAGAAACUCGUUGAGGCCGAGCUCCUCAAAGAAGUUAAGCCCGCUGCUACAAUCGAUGAGACCCCUCAGGUCGCCCCUGAGGUUCCUACCGAAGUCAAGGACUCCAUCGUUGAGGCAGGUGAGCGUCCUGAGGCUGCCGCUAGCGCCGAAGCUGUUGAGAACAAGAAGGAGGUUGAAGCUCAGCUUCUUAAGGAGGCUGAGCCUGUUCCUGCUGUCGACGACACCAAGCCUGUAGUCGAGACCAAGCCAGAUUCAGCGGUCGAGAGCAAGACUGAAGAGUCCGCACCUGUCGUGCCUGCUGUUGUCGUACCUGCUGAGACUAAGACCGAGGAGACCAAGCCCGCUGAGCCUGUGGCCAAGACGGAGGAGCCCAAGACAGAAGCCGCCAAGACAGAAGAGUCGACUGCUAAGACAGAAACCUCUGCGGUCGGUAACGGCAGCUCAACAGCUGGCAAUGGCACGACAGCAACUGGCAACGGUGCCUCAACAACAGAAACCAAGGCUGCCGAUACCUCACGCAACGGCAGCGCUUCUGCGGCCAGCGGCAAGGAGAAGAAGAAGAACCGACUGAGCUCGAUGUUCAGCAAGAUCAAGCACAAGUUUUCUGACAAAUAG